CCGCCCGCGCUCCCCAUGAAAAACCAGCUCCGCGGCCCCCCAGCGCGGGCGCACAUGUCGAACUCGGGGGCGUCGGCGGCUGUGGGCACCGGGGCGGGGUCGGAGCCCGGUGCGGGGUCCGGAUCUGGCUCGGGCACCGGGGCGGGCGCGGCGACGGGUGCGGGGGCCAUGCCCUGCAAGAGUGCUGAGUGGCUACAGGAGGAGCUGGAGGCGCGCGGCGGCGCGUCCCUGCUGCUGCUCGACUGCCGGCCGCACGAGCUCUUCGAGUCGUCGCACAUCGAGACGGCCAUCAACCUGGCCAUCCCGGGCCUCAUGCUGCGCCGCCUGCGCAAGGGCAACCUGCCCAUUCGCUCCAUCAUCCCCAACCAUGCUGACAAGGAGCGCUUUGCCACGCGCUGCAAGGCGGCUACUGUGCUGCUCUACGACGAGGCCACGGCCGAGUGGCAGCCAGAGCCUGGCGCUCCCGCCUCGGUGCUCGGCCUGCUUCUGCAGAAACUGCGCGACGACGGCUGCCAGGCCUACUACCUCCAAGGUGGUUUCAACAAGUUCCAGACAGAGUACUCAGAGCAUUGCGAGACCAACGUGGACAGUUCGUCCUCACCAAGUGGUUCACCGCCCACCUCAGUGCUGGGCCUGGGGGGCCUACGCAUUAGCUCUGACUGCUCGGACGGUGAGUCGGAUCGAGAGCUGCCCAGCAGUGCCACCGAGUCAGACGGCAGCCCUGUGCCAUCCAGCCAACCAGCCUUCCCCGUCCAGAUCCUGCCCUACCUCUACCUCGGCUGCGCCAAGGACUCCACCAACCUGGACGUGCUCGGCAAGUACGGCAUCAAGUAUAUCCUCAACGUUACGCCCAACCUGCCCAACGCCUUUGAGCACGGUGGCGAGUUCACCUACAAGCAGAUCCCCAUCUCUGACCACUGGAGCCAGAACCUCUCUCAGUUCUUCCCUGAGGCUAUCAGCUUCAUAGACGAGGCCCGCUCCAAGAAGUGUGGUGUUCUGGUGCACUGCCUGGCAGGUAUCAGCCGCUCAGUGACGGUCACCGUGGCCUACCUGAUGCAGAAGAUGAACCUGUCACUUAAUGACGCCUACGACUUUGUCAAGAGGAAAAAGUCCAACAUCUCACCCAACUUCAACUUUAUGGGGCAGCUGCUGGACUUCGAGCGGACGCUGGGGUUGAGUAGCCCGUGCGACAACCACACCCCCAGCGAGCAGCUCUACUUCUCCACGCCCACCAACCACAACCUGUUCCCGCUCAACACCCUCGAGUCCACGUGAGACCAGGGCCCCAGGGGCCAGGGUGCCAGCCCUCCACGGGGCCAGCAGGUGGGCCUGCACCUGCUGCAUCUGGCCUGAAGAAUGGAUGAAGGUCUCCCGGGCCCAGGGGCCGAGUUUCCCUCGCUCGGCAGGAUUUUCCAAGAGUCCGUGGCUCUCAGACAUGAGGCUUUGGGAAUCCAGCAGGCCUCAUCCUUGCCCCAGGACACUGCUUUCUGCUGAUGGCCCAGCCAGUUUGGCUGUUUUUUAAAGACACAUCCCCGGACCUGAGUUUACCUUUUUACUUUUGGCAGGUAAAUCCAAGCUCUCUGGGGCUCAGAGAGUGUUCAAGCUCUUCUUGAUUUUUUUUUUUUUAUGAGAAGUGUUAUUUUCAGGCUUCAUGCAACAGUGGAUUGUAUAAACCAGUAUUUCAUCCUUCUCUUGAUCUUACAGAAGAGAGAGAAGCAUUCUCAGUUUUGUUUUUCUUUCUAUUUCAAAGCAAUUUUUUUUAAUGGGAAAGACAAACCCCGUGUUGAUCUUGACCAAAUGCGUUUUGCACAUGUGCGAAGCCUCUGUUUUUGUCGCAGGCCCUUCGUGAAGGGGUGGCUUGCUGGUCUCCCAAUGUUGGACCCCCAGUCAUGCCCAGCUCCCCCCUUGCAACCUGACCCAGCACUGCAUUUGCCUGCGAUAGCUGCUGCAGGCUGUGACUGGCAGGCUGGAUGGUGGCCUUUUCAUUCUCUGCCCCCGCAGCCCCUCUGUGCUCCCUAUAGACUCCCUGAGGCCGGAGAUGGGAGGCCCUGCCAAGCAGUAGCAUUAGCCCUCUGGGCUCAGGCCCUAGGCGGGUCUGGGUCCUGGGCCCUUUACAAUACUACCCACUACUUCUGUCUCAUUUGCUCGCUGAAGUGGAGAGUGGAGACCCAGUGGCGGGGGAAGCUUUGGUGGUAGGGGCCUGGCGCUGCCUCCUGAGUUUCUCUGCCUGACUCUGGUAGUUUUGGCUCAGCUGCCAUUUGUGGCUGCCUCACCCGUGGAAGCCUGCCCUGCUCCCAUUUCCCGGGCCUUCUGCCCGGAAGCGCACGCCCUUUUCCAUCCUAGGGCAGGUGCAGGUAGGGCAAGGAUGGAUAAGUGAAAAGGGUGUGAGGCUGUGUCCACCCCACCCCACCCCACCCCCAGUAUCCACACAACAAGCCACGGAUUCCGUUACCUUCCUCCAGUUUUGUCCUUCCCCAGCCUCAGUUCUACCCAGGUGUCAGGACUGCAAGGGGGAGGGCCCCUGAGGGAGUUAGCACUCGCAUGUGAGCAAGGCCACGGAAACUCUGCCCCUCUGCAUCUUACCUCACAGGGGUUGUUUUCAGGGAUUCUUUAAGGCAAAGGAUUAAAAUCUUGCCACAGUUGAGAAAUUGACAAAAAGCUUCCAAGCUGUACACGGUUCUCUUUCUCUUUUUUACUUUUAAAAAGAAAAACCCGGAAAGACGCAUCAGAUUUGUGUAAAUGAGGGUAUGCCAAGAGGGUGGCCAGUUUUGCUUUAUGAUCUUAUGAAGGAAAAUUUGUGACCCUACAUACAAACACAGACACACACACACACACACACACAUAUCCCGAACCAGCAACGGGACUUUGUUUAUAUUGCAAAUAAAUAUUAUUUUUUCU